CCGCUGUGUACUGUCAACGCGAACCAAUAACCUGCACCAGCGUGAAUCGCCGUGUUUUUUAUAUUUAAUCGACUAUAGGAAGCGAUUCGCCGUCCAUUUGUCUUAUUUUAUUGUGUGGGCGCGAAUCGCCACAUUUUUAUAAUUCGUAAAACUAUAUAUACCGAUAAAUAUUAUCUUAUAUACGUGCGCCUAAAUCUCCGUGAUAUUAUUAUAUUAUUCUUAUUAUUGUAUUGCAAGGUGCUAGUAGUCGCCUUGUAACUUUGUAUUAUAAUAUUUAUAACCCAUUUUAUGGUUUAUAAUUGUGCGUUAAUCGCCGAUAUAUUUUGUGUAUACUUUGCGCACGCAAAGCGUUGCGUUCCCUUUAUAUUAUAUUUAAAUUGCGUGAGCGCAAAUCUCCACCUUUGUGUACUUAUUUUAUGUGCAGUGUGAAUAAAUUACGAUAUUAUUAUUAUUAUUAUUGUAGCAUAAGUACCGGACCAACUGGCCAGAUUGUGCUCCACAAAUCUGACAUCGCUGUUGCCAUGUCGACGAUUGUGUCCUGCACGGAUUAUGGCAAAGUUUUCAAUGACAAUAUACACGGACACAUUAUGCUCCAUCCGCUUUGCCUGAAAUUCAUCGACACACCGGAAUUUCAAAGAUUGCGUAACAUCAAACAGCUCGGUACCACUUAUCUAGUCUACCCCUGUGCGAGCAUCAAUCGGUUUGAACAUUCCAUUGGUGUUUGUUACUUAGCUGGACAAAUGAUUGAAGCUUUAUGUCGAAAUUCGGGUGAAGAUAUUAAUGUUACUAAAGAAGAAAAACUGUGUGUUGAAUUAGCAGGCCUUUGUCAUGAUCUUGGACAUGGUCCUUUAUCACACAGUUGGGAAAGAUAUCUUAAAGCUUCUGGUGUCGAUUGGAAGCAUGAAGAAAGUUCAACUGAAAUGCUGAAGUAUAUCAUACAAAAGUAUGAUUUUGAAAAAGAGCUUAAAAAAUAUGGACUAAAUGUGGAGUAUCACGUUGAAUUGAUUUGUGAAUUUAUUAGAGGAGGAGGAAAGUUACUAGUAGAAAACCAUUUCUUGUAUCAGGUUGUAUCAAAUAAAGAUAAUGGCAUUGAUGUUGAUAAAUGGGAUUACUUUUUACGCGACGGAAAUUGUUUAAAUUUAAGCAUAUCAUUUGAUUAUAAAAGAUUGAUGCAGUUUUCUAGAGUUGUAGUUGAUCCAAAUUCAAACAAACCAAAACAAGUAAUUGCGUUCAGAAAUAAAGAGGCUAGAAACAUAUAUGACAUGUUUAGAGUGAGAUCAGAUUUACAUCUGAGAGCUUACCAACACACAGCGGUUCAAAAUACAGAGUUAAUGAUGGUUGACAUGCUAUUAAAAGCAGAAAAUUAUUUUACUGUACAAAUUCCAUCUGGUACUAAGUUUGGUUUGAAUGAAGCUCAUACAAAUAUUGAAGCGAUGUCUCGUUUAACUGACCACAUUUUAUAUGAUAUUCAAUAUAGCCAUGACCCAAAUUUGGAAGAAGCUAAAAGUUUAUUAAAUAGAUUACAUACAAGACAUUUAUAUAAAUUUAUUGGUUCUUAUAAUUUAAUAUUUAUAAACAAAGAAAUUUAUAACAAAUCGAUUGAUGUUGAAAAUUUGAAACAAAAUCUUAAGAAUGAGUUGCAAAAACAAUUUGGUUUUGAAUUCGGCGUUACAGCUACUUGGCUUAAUUGUGGAUAUCCAUUAAUAAAUCCAUUAGAAAAAGUAUUAUUUUUCAAGAAACCAUUAUGUCAUAAUGAUUCAAUUAUAUUGGACGAUACACCAUAUCAAAAUGUAUAUCCUAUGAAUGAAUUAGAGUUUUUUAAACGAGAUAUCAAUGUAUUUAGUAAAUUACUAACCUUAAAGGAUGGUCAGCUAAAAGAAAUUGAUCUUGCAUGCAAUUCAUUUUUAAAGAAUUUCAGGCCAUAAUUUAUCUGAUUCAAGUAUACAUUCAAUUAAAAUUAAAUGACUAAAUAGUACACAAGAUAAAGAAUAUUAAGAAUCAAUAUAUAUAUAUAUUAAAAAGAAGAAGAAGUAAUGCAUUACACCUACAUUAUUAAGUCAAUAUUAGUUUUGUUAAAGAAAGUAUCAAUCAAAGUAUGUAAAUAAUAUUAUUUUUUUAAUUUUAUUUUCUAAAAAUAUGUCAAUUCAAUAAUAUAUUAUAUUCUUACAAAUAUACAUAAUUAAAUUGUUAUAUUUUAACUGAUAAUCAUGCUUUUGUUAAAUUAAUUUUAAUUAACUAAAUAUUUAUUUUAUUUGUAACCACUGAUCUAAGAUGCUAGUUGUGAUAAUAGCUUUUAACAAUUUAUAUAAUUUAAUUUAAAAUUAUUAUUCGUUGCUUACAAA